GUUUCUGAUCAGACUGGGAAUUCUUUCUCUUUUUCCCAAUUGUGGAUUGGAGCAAAGUUGUUCAGGAUCACCUUGUGGAUUUCUUUAAUUCUCCUGAAUCCAUGCUAUGGAUAAGAGUGAUUACACUACGUUUCACAGUGGGCAGGAUUGUCAAAGUUCUUUAAUACUUGUAAGGAUGGCACUGCAAAUGUAUUAACCCUGGACAUGUGAAUCUGGGCUUUGCUUCAGGAAUAAUUUUGAUUCUGUUGACCAAUAAUGACUAUCAGUAAACAAAUUAAUGGCAGACCUUGAAGUAUAUAAAAACCUUAGCCCAGAAAAAGUUGAAAGAUGUAUGAGUGUUAUGCAAUCUGGGACUCAGAUGAUUAAACUGAAGCAUGGAGCCAAAGGGUUAGUGCGUCUUUUUUAUCUUGAUGAGCACAGGACGUGCAUCAGAUGGAGGCCAUCUAGGAAAAGUGAAAAGGCAAAAAUCAUAAUUGAUUCUAUCUACAAAGUCACUGAAGGGCGGCAAUCAGAAAUAUUCCAUCGCCAUGCAGAGGGCAAUUUUGACCCAAGCUGCUGCUUUACAAUUUACCAUGGCAAUCAUAUGGAAUCAUUGGAUCUGAUAACUUCUAACUCGGAGGAAGCCCGUACCUGGAUCACUGGGCUGAAAUAUUUGAUGGCUGGGAUAAGUGAUGAGGACUCUCUUGCUAAAAGACAGAGGACACACGAUCAUUGGGUGAAGCAGACCUUUCAGGAAGCUGAUAAGAAUGGGGAUGGUUUGCUGAAUAUUGAGGAAAUUCAUCAGUUGAUGCAUAAACUGAAUGUCAACCUGCCCAGAAGAAAAGUAAGACAAAUGUUUCAGGAGGCCGACACAGAUGAGAACCAGGGAACUUUAAACUUUGAAGAGUUUUCUGUGUUUUAUAAGAUGAUGUCAUUACGGCGUGACCUAUACUUGCUGCUCUUGAGCUAUAGUGAUAAGAAAGACCACCUCACUGUUGAAGAUUUUACUCAGUUUUUGAAGAUAGAACAGAAGAUGAAUAAUGUGACAACAGAGUAUUGUUUAGACAUCAUAAGAAAAUUCGAGGUUUCAGAAGAAAACAAGAACCAGAAUGUCCUGGGAAUAGAAGGCUUCACCAAUUUUAUGUGCAGUCCGGCCUGUGAUGUGUUCAAUCCACUGCACAGCGAGGUACAUCAGGAUAUGGAGCAACCUCUUUGCAACUAUUUUAUUGCUUCUUCCCACAACACAUAUCUAACUGGAGACCAGCUUCUGUCUCAGUCUAAAGUAGAGAUGUAUGCCCGAGUCUUACAAGAUGGCUGCCGAUGUCUUGAAGUUGAUUGCUGGGAUGGCCCAGAUGGAGAACCAGUUGUGCAUCAUGGUUACACCCUUACUUCCAAAAUACCUUUUAAAGAUGUAAUAGAUGUAAUAAACAAAAAUGCCUUUACUAAGAAUGAGUUUCCGAUUAUAUUGUCUAUUGAAAAUCACUGUAAUGUUGAGCAGCAAAAGAAAAUUGCCCAGUACCUCAAGGAGAUUUUUGGUGACAAGCUAGAUUUGACUUCUGUGAACAUCGGGGAUCUCAAGCAACUUCCAAGUCCUCAGAGUUUGAAGGGCAAAAUCCUAGUCAAGGGUAAAAAACUCCCAUAUAGUCUUGGUGCAGAUGCUGAAGAAGGAGAGGUUUCUGAUGAAGACAGCGCUGAUGAAAUUGAAGAUGACUGCAAGUUAAAUUUUUCUUAUAGCAAUGGCACAACAGACCAUCAGAUAGAGUCUUUUAUAAGAAAAAAACUUGAAUCCUUACUCAAAGAGUCUCAAAUCAGAGACAAAGAAGACACUGAUAGCUUCACUGUAAGGGCCCUUUUAAAAGCAACGCAUGAGGGCUUAAAUGUGAACUUUAAACCGCAUUCAGGUUUGAAGGACAAAAAAUCCCACAAUAAACUCAUGGGCACCUUUGGUAAACAUAAGAAGGCAGCUAAAUCAAAGUCCAAAUCUCACUGCGGAUCUGAUGAUGAAGACUCUCAACAAAAUGUGUCUGGAAAAGAAUCUGGACAAUUAUACAGCCGGUUGGCUCGGCGGAGGAAAACGAUGAAGCUGUGCCGUGACCUUUCUGAUCUAGUGGUGUACACAAACUCUGUGGCAGCUCAAGACAUAAUUGAUGAUGGAUCAGUGGGGAAUGUAUUAUCCUUCAGUGAGACAAGAGCUCAUCAGGUAAUCCAGCAGAAAUCAGAGCAGUUCCUCCUUUAUAACCAGCAGCAGCUCACCAGAGUCUAUCCAUCUGCCUACCGGAUUGACUCUAGCAACUUUAACCCUGUACCAUAUUGGAAUGUUGGAUGCCAGCUUGUGGCAUUAAAUUACCAGUCUGAAGGGCGGAUGAUGCAGUUAAACCAAGCCAAGUUCAGGAUGAAUGGCAACUGUGGCUACAUCCUGAAACCGCAACAGAUGUGCAAAGGCACUUUCAAUCCAUAUUCUGGAGAUCCUCUUCCUGCUUUCCCUAAAAAGCAACUUAUACUCAAAAUCAUCAGUGGUCAACAACUACCAAAACCCCCAGAUUCCAUGUUAGGAGACAGAGGAGAGCAGAUAAUCGAUCCAUUUGUUGAAGUUGAAAUUAUUGGGUUACCAGCUGAUUGUUGCAAAGACCAGACCAGAGUUGUAGACGAUAAUGGAUUCAACCCUGUUUGGGAAGAAACCCUGACUUUCACUAUCCACAUGCCUGAAAUAGCUUUGGUCCGAUUUCUAGUUUGGGAUCAUGACCCCAUUGGCCGAGAUUUUGUGGGGCAAAGAACUGUGGCUUUUAGCAGCUUGAUGCCUGGUUAUCGUCAUGUUUACUUAGAAGGACUGACUGAAGCAUCAAUUUUUGUUCAUGUAACCAUCAAUGAAAUUUUUGGAAAGUGGAGUCCUUUAAUCCUCAAUCCCAGUUAUACUAUCAUGCAUUUUCUAGGAGCCACAAAGAACAAGCAACUAAUAGGACUCCGAGGGCUUUUUAAUAGGAACUCCAAACAUAAUUCAGUGGAAAACAGCACUAAUUAUAUCCGAAAAAGGUCACUCGGGGACCGAAUCCUUCGACGCACAGCCAGCGCUCCAGCAAAGGCCAGGAAAAAAAACAAAAUGUGCUUUCAAGAGACCACUGACCUUAAGGAAAGUGUAUCUGAUAUGCUGGACUUGAAAGAGAAGGAAGGUGGUUUCAGGCAAACAAGCAGAAGUUUACAAUUGCGCCCCAUCUCCAUGCCAGUUGGAAAAUAUCUCCUGGCAGGAUUGCCACCACCAGACCAGGAUGCUAGCAGAGUUGUUGAAGUUAUCAAAAGUGAAAGUACAUCUGCAGAAAGCAGAAACGAUGCAAGUUUGGAUUGUACAAAUGCGAAGAAAACCAUCACCUCUUCUGAGAAAAAUCCACCUUUUACAUACCUCCUUAAGAAAGAUGUAGCCAAGUCUGGUACAUGUGAUACCCUUUGUCCUGAUGAAAAAGGAGAAAGCCUAAACUUUGCAAUUGGGAUAGCUGAAACCUAUUUCUCCACUGAGUAUUGGAAAAGUAAUCUUCCCAAUGAAUUUGUUCAUGUAAAGGAAGACCUUGAAAGAAAAAAACAGGAAGACAUAGGCCGCAUGGAUCGAAAGACAUUGGAGAAAACUGAACUUUGCAAAGAAAGGCGGAAAAUAGCAGAUGAAAAAGCUAAUAUGGAAUCCCUACCAAUAUUAACUACAACAAUAACUAAUGUGUGUAGCUUUAAUGGUACACCAGCUAUCCCAGAUAGUGACAUUUCUUGUCUGAUUAAUGAGGUUUCUCUAGCUGGCGAGAGAGAAAGGGAUAACUCUAUCUCAAAGCUGAUAGAACAAGUUGAUGUCACAAGUGACCAAACUGACUUAACUCUUGUUUCAAGUCCCUCUGAUAUUAAUAAAGAGAAAAAUAAUCUAAAGUCCCUACAUCUGGCACCAUGUACAUCAUUGGAUGAACCAAGCAUCAUUUUGGAUGAUAAGUCCUUAAACUUAAAAUCAGCUGGAUCAGCUUGUUCAACUGGUCCAAGAACAGAAAAUACCAUAAUAUCCACUCCUAAGACAACAGGGUGUUCUGUGUACACAAUUAUUCAUGAGGCUUCUCUUUCUCCAGUUUCUCAGUCUGCAUUCACGGAUAGAUCUGUUUGCAAAGAUACAGCCAAGGAUGCAGAAGACAGUUGCUUAAAUCAGGGUGCUAAACACACUUCCUGUAUUUCACCCAUCCCCAUGCAGAAAGCAAACCCUAAAAAAAAAUGUGGAACAAGCUGGGAAUUUCUCGGCAAUAGCAACUCCUAUACUUCUGACAUACAGAAUACCAUAGUUGUCCCAGUCACUUGUGCAAAUUCUACAGGUAGUAGCCUAAUGGAAAUCGAUGGGGAAUUACAAGACCUCUUGAUAACUGCUUUUGAAUAUAAAAUAGAAGAUAUGAGCCAAGUUGCAUCUCCUCUGAAACUUAAGCAUAGUCAGGAUACACUAUACUAUAACAAAACUAUAUGUGAACCCCCAAAGAGCAUGGACUUUCCCAGUGAAAACCUAGCUGAAGAUUUAAAGUUCAACAAUGAUAAGAACCAGUAUUUUCCAUACCCACGUCAGCAGAGGUUUGAACUUUUGUACAAUAAUUGCUUGCAAAUUUCAGAUGCACAAAAUGAAUUGUUAAACAUUCCUCAAUCAGCCAGCAUCAAUGCUGCUCUUAAGCCCCAAAAUGUUCUGCCUUCACCCUUUCCUGGAGCUCAAAAGCAACAGAGCCCUUGUAAAUCGAAAAGUCUUGGUGACUUAACCUCAGAAGAUAUCUCAUGCAAUUUUGAGAGCAAGUACAAAUACAUUAGUAGAGGUUUUAUUACAUCUGGUAUGAGAGACAAUAUGGUGGCCACUCUGAAGGCCAAGAAACCGUCAACUACAGACAUUCUGACUGAACAACUGCGAAAACUUGUGUCUUUUGAGCAAGAAGAGAGUUGCCAGUCAUUUUGUUCCAAACAAAAUGAUGAUUGCCCAAAAAUGCUGGUCAGAAAACUGUCAUCCAGAAGUCAGAGUAGAGUGAGAAAUAUUGCUAGCCGUGCCAAGGAACGACAAGAAGCCAAUAAACAAAAACCUUCUAAUGUUAGCAGUAAUGUAACAGACAUAGUCCUUCGAAAUAAGCCCCCAGUACCACCUCAUAUCAUCAAUAGGCAUUCUACUGGAUCUUAUAUAGCAAGCUAUCUAGAUAACUUCAACACAGAUGAGCUAGAACGCAGAGGGGUCCCAGAAGGUGCCUGCUCAUCUUUGCAUUUGGGGUACAGUGACCGGUUUUGUACAGAUGACUCUCUUUUAGAGACCAAGCCAAAUGAAAAUGACAAACCAGAAAUCUAUUUUCUCCUAAGACUAUAAAUUGUAAAAAUGUAUAUCUUCAUUGUUUACAAGCUUUCUCCCUGAAUGAAGGAUUAUCAGUAAGCAAUGCGUCCAUUAGCCUUUCAGUUACUCAGAUUUUUUUUUGGUAUGGCUUGAAUUGUGUAAUUAAUUAGUGUGUCCAUUCUGACAAAUGUUUAUGUAAAUAGAUGUGGCAAUAUGUCAUGUAGUUGUCUUUCUUUUUGAGAAUCUACAUAUUUGUUGCUUUCUACAUGAAGUGAAUUCUCCUGUCCAGUCUUUGCAAACUGUACCCAACAAAAUUUGGUACAGGUAUGAAAUGCCAAGCUUGCUGCAUUUUUGAACUUCUAAAGACUUUUAGAGUAAUUAUCACCCAUCAUAUGCCCUUUCCAGAUUAAAUAAAAUGUAAGAUAUCUUAAAUUUAAAUUUCAUACCGUCCAUAUUUAUUAGAUAAAUUUCCUACACUGAGGGGAAUUGAACGUUCUUUCAAAAAGUGCAUAAACUUUCAUUUUUACAAGUUUUGUAGUGUUUAUUUUAUUAACAAAUUAAUUUAUUAAUUUGUUGGAUUGUGUAUCCCAUUUCUUCUUCUUCUGUUGCUGCUGCUUUAUUUAUUUCAACUAGAGUCCCCAGAAAUCCAGUUCUUCCCUUAAUUGUUUUCAGCAAUACAAGUGUAAUUUAGUGUGGUUAAGGAAUUAUGUGACUUGUUUUCUCUAUCAUUUCUUUAUAGAUAUUUGAUUGUUUUGAUACCGCUAUGUUAGAGCACAGUAAAUCGUGGAUAUUGUCCCAAAGAAUAUCCUCUGGAGUGAUGUAAAGAUUUGUGCUUCUUUCAUUGGCUGUUUAAAUUAAGUGGUGCUGUGAUGUCAAAGAGCUCAUGAAUUCAAUUGUUUUCUGUUGUUGAUAAUGAGAUAAAAAGAAGAUCCAGCAAAGCAUUGACAAAGUUGCUUUGAAAAGCCUUGUUAUGCAAGCAAACACCUCUGCUCAAAGCAUUAAAGCAGCUGCAUCCUCUAGCACAGGGGUGUCAAAUUCGCUGCCCGUGGACCAGAUGUGUCAU